AUGCCUCCCAAGACCAAGACUGCCUCAACCGACCUCACCGAGAAGAACCUCGCAAUCAUUCGCGCAGUCCUUUGCACUGCUGACGGCUUCAAUCCCAACUAUGGCGCUGUCAAGGAGGAGUACGGCCUGAAUCAAAGUGGUAACGGUGCUCGCGACUUCAGACAGGCACUCGCCAAGUUGGGCAUCGACUUCUUGAACGGCAAGUUCAUCGACCUCACUGACCAGGCUCCUGCUGCGGCUACACCCACCAAAACUGCCAAGACUGUCAAUGCCAACGGUAAAGCCAAAGCCAACAGUCAGAAGCGCAAGCAGUCCGCUGGGGAAGAUGAUGAGGCUGAGAAUAGUGGAGCUGAGAAUGUCAAGAAGCCAAAAGUUGAUGCUGAGCGAGGCGAUGUCAAGGAGCUCAAAGUCGAGGAGGAAGCCUGA